AUGCAUAUGAUGAGCCAGCGCUGUAAAGGGGAGGCCGCAGCUAUCGAGACAGAGCUACUGAGGGACUACAGGUUUGGACAACAGCAGCUGAUAGAGAUUUGGGGACAAGCAUGCGCCCACGCCAUCACUAAGGCCUACCCUCUCAGCUCCCUAUCAAAGAAGCAGCCAACAGUGCUGGUGAUCUGUGGUCCGGAUCAAAACGGCUCCAUCGGCUUGGUGUGUGCCCGGCACCUGCGCAUAUAUGAAUAUGAGCCUACCAUCUACCACCCUAAACGCUCCUCUCAAAGUCUACACCAGGACUUUACAGUUCAGUGUGAGAAGAUGGACAUCCCUUUCCUCUCCUAUCUUCCCACAGAGGUGCAGCUCAUAAAUGAUGCCUACAACCUAGUGAUUGAUGCCAUGUUGGGCCCAGAUGCAGACUGUGCCAACAUUAAGGAGCCCUACCCUGGCAUUCUGGUCACCCUGAAACAAGUCAAGAUCCCCAUUGCCAGUGUGGAUGUGCCAUCAGGAUGGGACGUAGAAGAACCAAGUCAGGAUGGCAUUAACCCAGAAGUUCUCAUCUCACUCACAGCACCAAAGAAGUGCGCCAUGAGUUUCUCUGGGAAGCAUUUCUUGGCCGGACGCUUCCUGCCCUAUGACAUCCAGAAAAAAUAUGAGCUUAACCUCCCAGACUACCCUGGCACAGACUGUCUUAUAGAAUUGUAACACAUGGGAAACAUAAGAGCCAGUGUGGCCGCUGCUCAUUUUCAAAAACGUACAGUUGAUCUAUUCUCUUGUUUUGUAUUUUAUAGAUUUAAUGUUAACAGCUCAGUUGUGUAGAUCAGGCUACACCUUAGCCAAAUAUGCUGUUGAGCUAAAGUAAAAGGAUAAUAUUUAGAAGCUGUGGUUUGAGUCUUUUUAGGGAAUGGCAUGUGGAGUUUUUGUCAGUCUACUUGUAAAAGCUGUAGCAUUACACUGUUUUCUGAUUACUUUGCAAAAGACAGAAAUAUUUUUUUCCACAGUCAGAAAAGAGAGGUGAUAUUUCUAUGAUGCCAACC